CUAUAAUCAUCAAACAAAUCGUUUUAACGUUGAAUCGAAAGAGAAUCGGCGAACAAUCAGCGAAGCAGAUCGGGAGUGGCGGGAAGGAAAGCAAGGGAAGGAAAAGAAAAGAACAGAAAAGAACAGAAAAGACAAGAAAGGAAAGACGGGUAGGAAAGGGAAAGCAAGGUAGGUGGUGUUACAUCGGCCAUGUGAAGUAAUUAAUCAAGAGCCCGAACCAAUCAUCAUCAAUCGGUCUCUCAGCAGAGAGGAAAGGUUAAGGAAACGUGGUUCAUACUCGUUGGUCACCCAUAUCUUACUGUGUCGGCUUUUCAAGCAAGGACAGGGGCAGAAGAAGGUGGUCCCUUAUCCCCCCUCAGGAACGGCUAGAGAGCGAGCGAGCGAGCGAGCGAGCGAGCGAGCGAGCGAGAGAGAGAGAGAGAGAGAGAGAGAGAGAGAGAGAGAGAGAGAGGGAGGGGGGGGGGGGGGGGGGGGGGGGGGGGGGGGGGGGGGGGGGGGGGGGGGACUCUAAUACCAAGGGCGAUUGAUCGAGAGGGAGGGGGUCAACAUGGAGGUGGACAGGAGGAGCGAAUCGUCAGAGAAGCGUGCGGUCUCUUCGCUGAAAGUUCAUGUAAAGUGGGGGAAGGAGCUUCUGCGGGACGUGGAGAUAGAUACAACUCAGCCACCAUUAAUGUUCAAGAUGCAGCUGUAUUCGUUGACCGGAGUUCCUCCUGAGAGGCAAAAGAUUAGUGUCAAGGGUGGCCUCCUUCAGGACGAGGGCGACUGGUCAAAACUCGGUGUGAAAUCGGGUCAGAGGUUGAUGAUGAUGGGGACGGCGGAGGAAAUCCCGUCGGCACCAAAGCAAGGACCAGUCUUUGUGGAAGACUUGCCCGAGGAAGAUCGUGAAGGAGCAUCAAUGAGUGAGUUCUCCGCAGGUCUUAUCAACUUGGGCAACACGUGCUAUAUGAAUUCUACAGUGCAGUGCUUGAACCGAGUUCCUGAGCUCAGAGAGGCUCUUUUGGGGUAUUCGUCUGCCUCAGGCAUUGAGCAGGAUGCAUCGCACAGGUUGGCAUUAUCGUUGAAGAAUUUGUUUGGGGAACUCAAUAAGAGCCUGCGGCCUGUCAACCCAUGGCAGUUCUUGACAAUUUUGCGUGAGAGAUUUCCACAGUUUGCACAGACCGGGGAGAAUACCUUCAUGCAGCAGGAUGCAGAGGAGUGUUGGACUCAACUUUUGCAAGCGCUAUCUCAGCGCCUGAGAUUGCAGAAGGAAGGCAGAGUGGAAUCUGUGGUUCAAGAUUUGUUUGGCAUAGAGAUGCAGAACAGGUUGAAGUGUCAAGAAUCUGGGGAAGAAAGUUUUGAGAAGGAGACGAUAUUUACGUUCAAAUGUCACAUCUCCCAAGAAACAAAGGAUUUGUACGAGGGGAUGAAGCAGAGUCUGAAGGGAGAGGUGGAGAAGAACUCAGCAAUUCUGGGUCGGCAGGCGCUAUUUGUGAAAACGUCAUCUGUAAUUCGGUUGCCAUUGUAUUUGACGGUUCAGUUUGUCCGAUUUUUCUGGAAACGAGAGGCGCAGCAGAAAGCCAAAAUCCUCAAGAAAGUGACCUGGCCGAUGGUUUUGGACCUCUCUGAUUUCUGCACCGACGAGCUCCAAGAGACCUUGAAGCCGCUGCAAAAGGCAAUGAAACAGGAAGCCGAUGAAAAGGCAGCUAAGAAGGAAGAAGUUGGAGGAGGCAGUAAGGACAAGGGUGUACCAAAAGGCGAUGACGAAAAGACAGAUGAUUUGCCGGAGCAUACUGCAGAGGGUGCUGGUGCCAGAGAUACUGUUAUGACAGAAAAUCAGCCAUCAGAAGGGGGUUCAAGUGAUGGCGACCGAGGAGGCUUGCUUGCUUCGACAUCUAUGCCCGUGAGCAUGUUGCACAGGCAGCCGACAGGGCUGUACGAUCUGGUUGCGGUUCUGACUCAUAAAGGUAGAAGUGUGGAUUCAGGGCACUAUGUUGCAUGGGUGAAGCAGGAGAGUGGAUCCUGGAUAAAGUUCGAUGAUGACAAGCCCAGUGUAAUGACAGAAGAGGAGAUCAUGAAGCUCUCUGGUGGAGGGGACUGGCAUAUGGCAUACUUGUGCCUGUAUAAAGCACGAACUGUUGCUCGAUCGUCUUGAGUAUGUAGCGCAGAGGCCAGCCGUGAGCAUAACUUAGAGUCUUGGGCAUUUAAAAUAAGUAAAUGAGAGCACCAAGAAGCAUAUCUAUGGGUAGGUGGUUGGUUGGUUGGUUGGUUGGGUUCGGCAUUGGAGGAGGAGGGGGAGAAAGAAGAGGAGGACUCCAGAUGAUCUCCACCUGUCCCUCUGCUGGAUGUGUCCCUGCUUUGAGGUGAGGAAACGCUUGGAUGUUCUGCCAAUGGUUCUGACUCUUCUGAGCUAUUUGCGUUCCCCAGCCAGCUAGCUGGCUAUGUUUAUUGUGUUGAGGGCACUGAAGGACUAGGAAAGCGAGAAAAAGGGGAGCGAGGCUCAGCGAGCAGCAUUUAGGCCUUGUUAAAAAAAAAAAAAAAAAAAAAAAGGCCUUAGAGGAGCCGGUUACAGUUAUUCUUCUUGUCGUGGCUUUCGGAUUCAUGAUUGCCCUGUUGUUUUGCAUUAAUGAGAAGGUCUUGUUCCUGAGAUGCUGGUUCGUUCUGCCCUUCUGAAGGGGAGCGGUGAAUUUUGCGUGGAAUUCGGCGCUUAGGAGGUUCGGCGAUGCGAUGCGUAUUUGGGAGGAAGAGCAGAAAUGGUGAGUGUUAUGGUCUCAUAGUUUCUGAUGUAAUUUCUUUUUGGUUGGGAUGUUUCGCUGAGAAGCGUGUGUCAUCGGAUUGUAACUCUGUUUUUAAUUCGCAUGAUCGAGUUCGGUCCUCAUCAUCAUCAUCAGCAGCAGCAGCAGCAUCUGCAUCAUCCUUGUCCUCGCGCGAAACGCUACUGUGGGAACAAAUACUCUUUUGUUUG